AAAAGCCGUGAACUCAGUUUGUGAGAGAGCUGUGCCUGAUGAGUUUCUUACCUGCGAUUUCCAGGGAAGUUUGUCAAUAAUGAAGGACAUUGAUGAAAUACUGAAGGAGUCGUUAUUGCCAGCAAGAGACAGAGUGAAGAGACACAUAGAUGAGCUUCGGGAAAUUGCAGAUGCUAUUGACAAGAUCCACAAAGGAGCGACAAUAGCAAACAUUGCUGGAGGGACAGUGGGAAUUGCCGGGGGGAUAACAACCAUCGUAGGCCUCGCUCUCAUUCCUGUUACAUUUGGAGCAUCCCUGAUAGUCUCUCUUACAGGACUGGCUGUUUCUACAGCAGGGGGACUGACCAGUGCUGCCGCAACCACCACAGAUAUAGUUGCAAGUAAAGUCAAGAGGGAGACAGUAGAGAAGCUCUUUCAGGAGUGUCAGACUGAGCUGGAACAUAUCAAAGGCUAUGCAGAAAGCAUAACUGAAAAAAUCCAAAACUUGAAAGAUAAUGAAAAGAAAGGUUUUGUGUUUGCAAUCCCACAGAUAGGUUCAGGGGCAGGACGAGCUGUUCUUAACGCCAUGAAAAUGGUCAAAGCUGGUCAGCUCCUGGCUAAUGUUGGUAGAAUUGCAAAAUUUGCAGGAGCUGCGACCCAUGUUCUAACAGCUCUCACCCUGGGGUUAGAUAUUUUCUUUGUAGCAAAAGAUUCUAUGGAUCUCCACAAAGGUGCAAAAACGGAGCUGGCAGCUGAAAUCCGAGAAAUAGCCAAUAAAAUGGAGCAAAUGAUUGACCAAUUCAACGAAAUGUGA